AUGACAGCAGAAGCAGAAUCGUCUUCUCCUUGCGCCGUUUCGAGUCCUGUCGGAGACGAGACUUUUUCAUUGAAAGAACUGAAUUUUUUGAGCGAAAAGUCCGAAAACUUCAGGAUCGUGUCAACUCAUGGAAGAAGCAAUUUAAUGCCCAGAAUGUCACCGAUUACAAUUUCCUGUUCCGUGGAAGGCGGUCGGAUCCUUAGGGUCGCCCUCGACCGCCCACGCUUCGAAGCUAAGACGGGGCUCGUCUUACACCUGGAUCUCCUUAUGCUCAAUGGAAAAGAAAAAUCUGUGGACGUGAGGUUGGAGUGUGCAGCAGCCCAGACUUUUGGUUUAGUAAAUGGGUCCUUGGUUUUGGAGCACCCGGUUGUUUGCCUGUGGGCCGGAAAAUUGUCCGACUCCAACGACAGAUGUCGGUUGCGAACCAAGAACGGGAAAGAAGUGGAUCUGCGUGCCAUGUUCGAGUCUCCGUUGGCCAUCCAAUUAAAUGCAUCUCAGGCCCUGAAUAUCAAUUUGUGCAAACCCUUCAAGCCGCAUUCGAACUCGGACAUUUGUCGAAAUGCUGAUUCAUCCGCGUACGUUUACGGAUGUCUAACUCAGGAAACGUCGAAGAAAAACAUGUCUUUGGGAAGAUACUGGAAAGCAGAGCAAGUGUCUCCAUCACAGACUAUAGUCAAGGUUUUUGAAGGAAGUAGAUGUCCCAGUGACAAAUCAAAGAAGAUUUCAGCUGUCUUGACCCUGAUUUGUGUUGCUGAGCACAAAGGAGAAGCGCCUGUUGUAAACAGCACAGCUUGUGAUUAUCAAAUCACUUGGAAAACGCGAUUCGCUUGUCCACUGAAGAGAGUCACAGGAAACGACUGUAAGGUGACUGAUGACCUCCACGGAUGGACAUUUGAUUUUGCGAAUUUGUCGCGAGGUGGGAAAUAUCUGGCAAGUGGUGGCUCUGGAGACGUUUUUGUUAGUCUCUGCAAACCUUUGACUAAGCCUGAAGAAUGCAGAGGAUCCGGUGUUUGUGCCAAACUUGACAAAAGCCAGAAUUCGGGGUUUCAGAAAUUGGGUGAGUUUCAAGUUCAA